ACAGAGAAGAGAUCAGUGCCUGCCCCUCCUCUUCCUUUCGUGAGGAAGUUGCAGGCUGUGAUAAAGUCUCAGGGCUCUCAGUCUCCUCCAGGUUAAUUUGUGCUUUACUGCAGGAGCACUGGCCCAUGGGUCCCCUGACAGCUGGUCAGUCUCUGGCACAAGGGCCAUGUGAAGCCCCUGCCCGGUGCCAUCAUCUGGCUGGGGACUGGUGUGGCUGUGCCACAUGCGGGAAGGGUGGCUGGGAAACGCAGGGUGCGCAGCCGCUGCAGCCACAAGUUCAUAGUGAUACACUCGGCAGGAGUACUGCCACGAGUCUCCCCAUAUCAGCUGGAGAUAUGUGAUGGAGUAGUGAUAUCAUAUCAAUACUGAACUGAAGACCCACACUUAAGUGUGCAGUAUCCUAUCAGCUCAUCAAAGGUUAUGAAUUUGUAUUACCUGCAACUCAGGAGCUGGUGUUUUUCUAUUAAUACUGCUUUGGCAAUUGGCUUUAAUUUAUUUUGUGAAGUGGGAUGUAGUUGCUGUAAGGCAAGCACACCAUAAGCUGAACAAACUCUGAGAGGAUACUCUUUGCCAUGCUGUUGGAUUUAACAGAAAUCUCACUGCUUCUGUGCAGUGAUGCACUGAUUACACUGCCCAAAUCCCAGAGAUAUUACAGAAUUCAACUGGAGAGAGUACCCACAGUUUAUUUAUUUCUUUAUAUAAACUACUUUAUUUGCUGUAAAAGAAAGCAUUGGUAUAAAACAGCCUUUCAAAUUUGGCGGUCGUUUGCUUGCUGUGUCAGCAAUAUGUGUGAAAGAAAAGGCAUGCUCCGUAACCUGCAUUUCAAAGGUCACAGUGCUACUGCUCCAGGCUUCUGAAAACCACGGUUGGAGCCAGCAUCAUGGUUGGUCUGAAGAUUUGGUCUGUCUUGCUGGUUAUACUCUACCAUUUCUGUCAAAGCUGUAUCCCAUGUGGAAUUUCAACACAUGUUGAAAUAGCACAUAGAGCUCUGGAAUUUUUCAUUAAGCAUGAAGGGAGUGUUAAUUAUAGACAGUUAUUACUAAGUCACCAAGAUGCUUUUCAGGCUGGGAGCAUUUAUCCUGAUGCCUUUUAUCCUCCAAUCUGCAAACAUGGAAUGUUCCAUGAUGUGUCUGAAGACACCCACUGGUCACCAUUUCUCAAAGCAAGUAUUGACUACAUAAGAAGGAAUUAUCCUCAGCCUUGGGAAGAGACUACAGAGAAGCUGGUGGCUUUCCUGUUUGGAAUUGCUUCACAUAUGGUGGCAGAUGUUAGCUGGCAUAGCCUGGGAAUCGACCAAGGAUUUCUAAAGGCCAUGGGAGAGAUUGAUUUUCAUGGCUCUUACUCAGAAGCUCACAGUGUUGGAGAUUUUGGAGGAGAUGUAGUGAGUCAAUUUGAGCUGGACUUCAGUUAUCUGGCAUCACGUUGGUAUGUACCUGUCAAAGACCUAGCAGCUAUCUAUAAGGAAUUUUAUGGAAAAGAGAUCAUAACUGAAAGCACAAUUACUGAAUGCACUUAUCUGCUGUUUCUUGAACUGCAUGGAGAAAGGCUUCUUGUUGGCAAGCUUUUUCCAACAUUUGCUAGUAAAUCUUCAUUUCUGGUGGAAAAGUUCAAUGAAUAUUUCCUUGGAGGAGUGGAUGACAUGGCAUUCUGGAGCAACAACAUUUUUGAGCUGACGAGCCAUAUGCUAGAGAACGGAACCAGUGACUGCUACCUGCCUGAGAACCCCCUGUUCAUAAACUGCACAAAGGAUAACAAGGAGAGCCACAUCAGAAACAAACAAUCAAAACAUGGACAUCACAAGAAUACAACUUCUUUGCUUACAGAAACACUUGAGAAGAAUAUAAACUAUACAGAGAGAGGAGUUCAAUUCAACCUACAGCCUUGGGCAACAAAAUCUCUCCGCUUGAUAAACCAUGCUUUUAAAACCAAUGUCUGGAGAGCACUAGAAGCUACACAUCAGAAAUCUUCUAAGCACAUCUCUAAGCCAGUAGCUUCAUAUUUUCUGACUUCACCCUAUGCCAGGCUUGGAUGGGCACUCAUUUCAGCUGACAUAAACCAGGAUGGAUAUGAAGAUCUGGUGGCUGGAGCACCAGGGUACAGCACCAUGGGCCAUAUUCAGAUAGGACGGGUGUAUGUGGUCUAUGGCAACCAGUCAGGUUUGCCACCAGAGGACAUGGAUCUGGACAGGAAAGCUGACCAAGUACUACAGGGUCAUCAACCUUCAGGAAGAUUUGGUUCUGCCUUGGCAGUCCUGGACUUCAAUGAGGAUGGAGUGCCAGAUCUGGCAAUUGGAGCACCUUCUGUGGGAUCUCAGUUUCUUACUUACAAAGGUGCUGUGUAUGUCUACUUUGGAACUGCGGGAAGAGGCUUGGCACCUCAGCCAAACAUUACCAUAACUUGUCAGUAUUCCUACUGUAAUCUUGGUUGGUCCCUCCUGGCAGCUGAUGUUGAUGGGAAUGGAAAUGCUGAUCUGGUUGUGGGCUCUCCAUAUGCACCCGGUGGUGGAAAGCAGAGAGGAUUUGUGGUUGCAUUUUACUCUCAUUUCAACAGGAGUGACCAAGGACUUCUGUCAGUACAGGAUGCCAACUGGAUGGUAGAGGGGGAAGAAAACUACGCUUGGUUUGGAUUUUCUCUUGCCAGCUGCCAGCUGGACGAUGUGAAAUUACUGCUGAUUGGUAGCCCUACAUGGAAGACUUGUUCUAGCUGCAAUCCCCUCUUGCUGGAUGUCAGACAGAGUGUUGGGAAGGUGUAUGGGUAUAACCCACCAAGUACAGAGCGCUGGUUUGAGAUAACUGGAGACAAGGACAUGGGCAGAAUGGGUUUGUCUCUGGCCAGUGGUGUGCUCUCUGUGGACGGGAACACAAGAAAAGUUUUGGUGGUGGGUGCACCUACUGCAGACAGCCUGUCUAGGAUUUUAUUUAUGUCCUCAGUGCUGCAUCAAGCUGGACUGGCUCUGGUAUAUGACCUGUCAAACAGCACCAAGCCUUCUCUGCUCAGCACAUUCAGUGGGGACAGGAGGUUUUCUCGUUUUGGAGGAGACAUAUACUUAAGUGAUCUGGAUAGUGAUGGGCUAGAUGAAAUGAUUGUGGCAUCCCCACUGCGAACUAACAGUAUCACCUCAAUCCUGUCUGGUGGGGCUGCUGGCCGUGUUUAUAUCUUCAAUGGCAGACAGGCAUCCUCAGGGAAUGUGACAGGCCACUGCACAUCAUGGACAUCUCCCUGUCCUGAGGCCUGGGCACAGUAUGUCCUGAUUUCUCCUGAGGAACUAUCAAGAUUUGGGAGUUCUGUUACCACUGUGAAAUCUGAAAGAAAGGAAUGGACUGUAGACACAGAGUGUGAGGCAGGAGCCCCAGCCAGCCAUACAUACGUGAGGAGGCAGUGGAGGAUCCAGGUGCCGCCCAAGGAAGGAAAGUAAGCGCCGCC